AAACAAAAAGCCUCAAAGCCCAAAUAUGCAUCUCCGUUAAGUUGUUCCUUUUGUUAUCUUGUUUUACAUUCGUCGCUUGAUCAUGCCAAACCAAUCUGCGGGAACUACUAUGCCGCCCGAGGCGCCGGCACCAACCACUGCCCGUACAAAGUCUCCAUCAAAAUCCCCUUCAAGAUCUCCGUCGGCUCCAGGCGAAAUUGGUCCUGCAGAUGAUUCUGAUCAUGAUUCACAGGGGGAUGUCGAUUCUUCCAUUGGGACCGAUACAGAGAGCUCGACCGCUUCCGUUUCCGCUAGCAUCCUCGAGUACCGUCGAAGCCUGGGACGCACGUACCACAGCGACAAGUUUACCGCGAAUUACUGUUUCCCCAACGACGAUCAACAAGUAGAGUCUAUGGACUUAACGCAUCACUACUUGACUCUUCUUUUGGACGGUGAACUGUUUCUUGCCCCUAUCAAGACAGACUCUAUACAGCGAGUUCUAGAUGUUGGUACCGGAAGCGGAAUCUGGGCUAUAGAAUUUGCCGACCGAUAUCCAAGUACAGAAGUAAUCGGCACAGAUCUAUCCCCUUGCCAACCCCAAUGGGUCCCCCCGAACCUUCGUUUCGAAAUCGAUGAUGCCACACAACCUUGGACGUGGAAGGAAGAUUAUUUCAGCUUUAUUCAUAUCCGAUAUCUCUUUGGUGCUAUUAAAGACUGGAAUAAUCUCUUUAAAGAGGCAUACCGAUGUUGUGCACCAGGAGGCUGGGUCCAGUCAGGCGAGGCCGACGUCACAUUCCGUAGUGAUGAUGGGACUACCGAGCUAGAACCCAUUUUCAAAACGUACCAGAAGCUCUUCGAAUAUGGUAGCCGAAUUCUAGGCAACUCUUUCUUCGUCCACGAUUUGCAACUAAAGGCCUUCAAAGAAGCUGGCUUCAAAGAUGUUGAGACCGUCGAUUACAAAUUCCCUAUUGGAAGCUGGCCCAAAGAUCCAAAACUCGCCGAGGUCGGGCGGUUUGUCAAGGCCACGCUGGAGAAUGACUUGGAGGGUUACACUCUUAUGAUGUGGAAGGACGUUUGUCGAUGGCCCGAGGAAGAAUACGAGGUGUCUCUUAUGAGCUUGCGUAAGGCGAUACGGAACCCCAAGGUGCAUAGUUACAUGACUGUGCGUUAUGUGUACGGUCGCAAGUAGGCUGGCUAUGUUGGAGAUCUUGAAGUGAUACAAUAAAUGUGGAAUUGAGAGGAUUAGUUCCGCAUCGUGAUUCCUAGCCCCCAGCCACAGGGCUCAAACUGCAGAGAUAUCCAAGGUUGAGGAGGACAGAUAGCCAGCCAGAAGUAAUCUGUUGUUGGGCAGGUGGAGCACAUAAAAAUGGUCUCUAUUUAAUGUUAGGCAAAUGCUAUCUGGAACCAUCUAUUAGGUUAUGGUAAUUUCC